CACGGCGAAGAGGAGACGCUUUCAUGGAGGGGGCGAAGGCGGAGGCGGAGGCGGAGGUGGAGGAACGGGAGCGGGCCGAUGUAGCCCGGGACCUGCUGGCCCUGGGGUAUGAAGGUUUCCCGGAGAUGGCGUCGCCGGGCACCUCGUGCCCCGACUUCAGGGCGCUGUGCGCGCAGCUGGCGGCGGAGCUGGCGACUCUGGGUGUCCUGAAGAGGGAGCGAGAGGAGGGUGCGGAGGCGCUGAGCGCCGGCGGUGCAGGUCCCGGCGCCGAGGAGGAAUUCCUACGACAGUUGGCCUGCCUGCUGGGGGAGUUGUACUGUCCGGACCGCGAGCUCUGCGGCGGAGACGGCGCGGUAGCGCUGAGGGGACCCGGCGCACGCUUACGCCUGCUGCGCUUUCUCUGCUCGGAGCUCCAGGCUGCCCGCCUCCUGCGCCUGCACCUGCACCCUCGGCUGGAUCCCAGCCCAGAGCCAUCUGGUGGGGAGGGGGGAGAGAAGGGGGCAGAGGAAGGAGCUGGCAUGGUCCAGGAAUUGGUCCUUACUCUCCAAGCCCUGGGGCUGUCCAGACCCACGCCGGGGACCCUUGCUAGCCAGCUCCUGCGGGAGUUGCAUGCUAAGCCGGGGUCCUCAGGGUCGUGGGAAACUGGGAUCCACGGAGAAAUCCAUCCGAUUUCUGCCCAGUCAGCCCCAGCCUCCUCCUUCUCCCAUCAGAUCUCGGAGCUGCUGCCUUCCCUACCCCCAGGGUCCCUGCAGCCCCUCCUAAGCUACCCGCUGGACGCACCCAGAUGGGAAGCGUUGGAGUCUCUGUCCCAAGGCUUGCGAGAUCAGUACUGCUGCCGCCGCCGCCUCCUCCUUAAACGCCUGGACCUCACAACAUCUGCUUUCCACUGGAGUGAUCGGGCAGAGGCCCAAGGAGAGGCCAUGAAAGCAGUGCUGUUCCCAAUUCGAGAGGCUCUGACCCCAGAAUCGGAUGUCUCCAUCUCACACGUCCUGGCUGCCCGAGCUGACCUGUCUCGCCUUGUCCCAGCCACCAGCAAGACUGCCCGCCAAGGGACCUGCUGUGCUAUCAACAAGGUGCUUAUGGGCAGCGUGCCAGACCGGGGGGGCCGCCCAAAUGAGCUGGAGCCCCCCAUGCCCAGCUGGCAGAGCAGAAGAGAGGACGGAGGCGGGCGGAAGGCAGGCCGCCAGUGCUGGGGCCGCAAGAAGAAGAAGAAGUAAAGGGGGACUGGUGGUUGGGGGAGGGAUCCUCUGUGAGAUGCUGACAUUGAUAAUCUCUAAGGAGUCACUCUGAGGGUUUCUCUUGGCACUUGGCACCCGGGCCCCCUAUCCCCUGUUCCUGAGGCCCCCAGUGUCGUUCCCCCAUCUACCAUUCAACACCAGGCACCACGUUCUCUGGAAAAUAAAUUUAAUUUACAACA